AAGAGAGCCAGAAUGAGAUAUAGAGGUUGAGCCAGUGAGGGAGAAAGAGAGAGAGAGUGUGUCUGUGUGAAGCUGGCUGGCAACAGCACACAUGCUCAAGGGGAGAAAAGAGGACAGCAAUUAUUGUGUCCAGCACCCUACAGCUCCUGCAAUAAAGGCUCGCUGCUGUCGAUAUAACAAAACUGCUAUUCUCUCCACCUGGCCUCAUCCCACUGAUUUAUAUGAUUGAUCCGGAGGAAAAUGCUGAAGUUCCGCGCGGACCGGCGAGUGAGUCAAAAUGACCCUAAUGGAACAGCUGGACACCAGCAAGUGAUCCAGACACAUCUAGAAGAGAACGGACCUUUGAAACCCUUUCUGAGCUCUGAUUCGGAAAUGAACGGCAAGGCGGUUGGCAGGGGGCCAGUGAACAAAGCCAGUGAAGCAAACAGCAACACCAACAAUCUCAGCAUGGUGUCUGAGACGCCCCCGGACUCCCAGAACUACUCACGGGGCACACGCACACCCACACCCAAGAGAGCAGCCACGUUCGGGAAGCGCUCCAACUCCAUGCGGCGCAACCCCAACGCUGAGGUGGCCCGGCAGGGUUGGCUUCACAAACAGGCAAGCAGUGGUAUGAAACAGUGGAACAAGCGCUGGUUCGUGCUGACAGAUCGAUGUCUCUUCUACUAUAAAGACGAGAAGGAAGAAGUAGUCUUGGGCAGCCUUCCUCUUCUCAGCUUCAAGAUUGGACCAGUCCAGGCAUCAGACAACAUCAACCGCAAGUUUGCCUUUAAGGUGUGGUGUGAAACCAGCGAAGAGGAGCAGAAGGAGGAAGAGGAAAGUGAGGAUUUAAAGGCUAGUAUUGCGUUCUGUUUGCAGGUUGAGCACACAGGAAUUCGUACAUACUUCUUCAGUGCAGACAGUCAGAAAGAGCAAGAGGAGUGGAUCCAAGCCAUGACUGAGGCUGCCAGGGUCCACAUCUCGGCCACAUCCAGAAAUCAAUCUGAGCAUGUCCAUGCAGCAGAACAAAACGACGUAGUAGCCAAACGUCUCGAGCCAAACUCUCAUGCAGAGAACGGCCAGAGGAUAGAUGUUCACGAGCUUAACGGCGUAGAAACCAGAGACGCCAUGCCCAGCACCCCAGUGACCCCAGCUACCUCUUAUAUAGAGGGCAAGAUAGGGGAGAAAGGAGGCCUGGCACCCCAUCACCCCAACGGCUGGGGUACCUAUGGUCCUCCCAACGGUUCAAGAUACCAGUCCCAAGACAACGUGAGGGACAUGCGGGAGCCGCAUGAGGAGAAUGUUGUGAUGCGGAGGGGCUUUGUGCCUAGGACGGCACCGGAGAGACUCGCCCAGAGGAAGAGCUCCAUGACGCAGCUGCAGCAGUGGGUCAACCAGCGGCGGACCACAGUGACUCAGGACGACGGCCGCAGUCCAUCCAGGUACUACACAGUAAACCGCGCUAUGUCACCAGACUGUUACGGUGUGUACAGCGGCCCUCCGUAUGUGGAUGACUAUCCCCUCUACCCACCGGGUGUGCGGCCUGAGAGCAUCUGCUCCAUGUCUGCUGCUUACAACCGACCACCUCCUCACUGGACCAUGGAAGAGAGGAAGCGGUCAUUGCGAGAUGGACCCUUAUAUGGUCAACCCCGAGACCCGCAGUGGAUGAUGGGACCCCACGGUCCUGCCUAUUACCCCCAGUUAGACUCAGCACAGAACUCUAUGAGAGGGCUUUCCAUACAGCCACGCUCACGGUCAGUCCCUCGUUCACCCUCCUCUUCAUCAGGAGGACACUAUUCUCCACACAGCUUCGCCUCACCUGCCCGAUCGCCCAGCGCCAGGUUUGAUCGGGGACCCGGAAGAAUCAGUGAGGAAGGUAUAUAUGCUGACCCCUCAGUGUACGGGCUCCGCAGGUCACUGAGCUCACCCAAGUAUGAUUUCACUGGAGAUCGUCGCUCCUACAGUCAAGGAAUGUACCACUACAACUACCCAGCAUCCCCUUCGGUCCAUAGAAAAAUGGAGGACAUUUUAGACGUGCAGCUUCAGAGGAACCUGGAGUACCUUGAUCAGCAGAUGACAGAUGGUGAUCACCUAAUCGGCAUGGUAACCAGAAUGGUUGAGCGUUCCUCUCCUCGAGCAAAACUAUUUUCACAAGUGCCUCCAUUCCAUGAUGUGUACAGUGACCUUCAUCCCGCACUGAAGCGCAAUGAGAUUGAGACCAGUAAACUUCUGCACGGCUUGUGUGAGCAGAAUCGACUUGUGAGAGAGCAGGAGGCUGUAGUGCAUCGCUUGCGAAUGGAAAAGGACAGCCUAGAGGGGGUGCUGGUGGCCACGCAUCAGGAGAUGGAGCUGUACAGGAACCAGCCGCUGGCCAUGGAGAAACUUCAGCUGAAGAAGGAGAGUCUACAAAACAAGCUGAUUAACAUCAGAGGAGAGCUGUCUCAGGCCUCCAGUGCCCUGACCAGCACCUGUAUGGAGUUUGAGGCACUAGAGGAUGAAGUAAACAGCAUCCACGGGGACUUAUGGGAGCACCUGAAUGCUGGAGGGCAGAGUGAGCUGGUACACAGGCACAUUCAUAAGGAGUUCUGGAGGGUUCAGGAUGUUUUGGAGGGGCUGCACAAGAACAACCCGUCUCGCGGCACGGAUACGGCCAAGCACAGAGCCAGUGGAGCAUCCGGCUCCUUCAGCACAAACAGUCCUGCAAGCCCCUUGAGUUCAGUGAGUCUGACGAGUCCUCUCAGCCCCUUCUCUCCCGUCCCUGGCUCUCAGGUCUCUCCAACUAAACAGCUGGCCACAGAGGAGGUUGGUCCUCCGAGACCUCCACUUCCUAAGUCUUACCAGCCCCUGGAGUCCUCCCAGUCCCCCCCCUCUGUCCCACUCCUGCCCUUAGAAAGCAAUGCCUGGCUGCGCAGCAUGGGCCCCCAUUCAGGCAUCCACCAGGAAGGCUACAAGGACAAUGAAGAUUUCCACAACAGAAAGCAGAACUACAGCUCACAGGGACAAAAGAUCAGCGACUUUGAUACAGAACAAUCCAACCAGAAUAGAGUCGGAAUUAUUCCACCCAGGACCAAGUCGCCUUCAGAAGACAAGAACAAUUCUGAUGGUGUCCAACGGAGAAAUGGGAAGGUGUCCAAUGGUCACAUUUCCAGAGAGAGGCCAAAGAGUGCAGUGUUCCCCGCAGAGGUGAAGUCUAAAAUGAGUGUGGAGGAACAGAACGAGAGGAUACGAAGAAACCAGAGCAACUCCGUCAGAGACAAGAGGCGCAGCCUCAACAUCUCCAGCAACCAGAACACUGAUGGCUACAAAUCUUCUGCUAGCUACAGAGUGGUGCGGAGGAGAGUGACGGCUGAUGAGGUGGUUAUUCAGGAUCUCGAGGCGGCUGUUAGGGGAGAAGGUUUGGAGUCACCCAGGGAAGAAAUUGCUCGUCUGCGACGACAGGUGGAACCUGAACAUUAUGACCUGGAUCUCAACAAAGAGUUGUCCAUGCCGGACAAAGUCUUGAUCCCCGAGCGAUACUUGGAAAAUGAGCCCAGUACACCACUCAGCCCAGAAGAGCUGCGGGAAAAACAGAAGAAAGUUGAAAGAAUCAAGACACUGAUUGCCAAAUCUAACUUGCAGAAUGUGGUGCCAGUGUUGGAUGGGCCAGUGGAGGGACACAGUAACCCAGAGCAGCAGCUUCAGGAGCAGGAGAAACGCAUUGAGAUGUCCUGUGCUCUGGCUGCCGAGGCCUCCCGCCGUAGCCGGCUAAUCUCCGCACAGUGCGUCCCCAGCCCCCCUGCCUCCCCAACCAGCCUGGUCCCUCCCCCUACUGCUGACUACUCUGACUCCUCCCACAUCAUGAAGGUGUGAAGCUCAAGCUCUUGCAGCUGUCAAAUUUGAGGUUGAGCCCUUCUGAGUAUCCAGCAGUCAAAGAAAAGAUCACUGAACACCAAGAACAUUUUGUUUUGCCUCCACCAAACAUUGUAUUUCCUUUGAUUAUUUACCCAACACCAUGCAGAGAAAUAUUUAAAAAUGUUGGGAUGUCUGUGGAGGGCUGUUCACAAGCGAGGUUAUCUGCCUCCACAUCUCCUCACAAUCCUCAUUCGGAGUACGUAACCCACGGCAGAACUUUGAAUUCAAUUAAUCAUCUGCUUUGACUUGAUCUCGGAGGAUGGCAGUAAUAUUACAAAAGCUACAAACUAGCCAGGAGUGGACGAUGUUUACAGAUUCAUAUCUACUCUCAGUCAGAUUACUGACUGGAGUACAUACAGCAGAAUCAUGCUACAAAUGCUGGGUACAGCUGCUCAGGGCGGAUUCUUGCAGACACAAGCACGUUUGCGACAGGACGGAGCAUGACAGAGACCGAGCUGCAAACAGAGGAAAAAAGCCAUGCUUGAGGAAGUUGUGAAAACCAGACUAGGGAAUACAGCAAAGUUGUCAAAGCUCAGUUCAUCUGUUAAACAUCAGAAGAGGGAUUUGGGACCAUUAGUAUGAUAAUGAUCUGUGUUCAGAACUAGCCGCAAUCAACCCCUGAUUUUUGAACAGAACUCUCGGGCUACGCUUACACGACCACGAUGUAGUUAAAAACAGAAAGGUUUUUCCCUUAUGUUUUUAAAAAGUUGAAUGUAUACACAACAUUUAAACAUAUCCGCGAAAAUCGCCAAAAACGCUAUAUUACGUAUGGCAGGCCAGUAGUUGGCGCUGUCACCUUGUUAGUAAACAGUACUUGUAGGGAAGUGAUGUUUAUAUAUUUUAUAUGAUGCUUCUCCGCUGUUGGUUGUAAUAUUGGCGAAGUAAAUCUACACAACAGUACCAUGUGCUCCGGCAUUGUUUUGUAUGUUUGUUUGCGCAUUUAAAAUCGUCACAUACUGCGCAUGUUUGCAUACCUAACACGUACUAUGCACAUGCAUGACGCCAUUGUUUUCAAAGAUUGCAGUAUUGGGUGUUGACACGGAAACGAUAACGGUGGCGUUUUCAAAAAUGUACGUUUUCACUCCCCUAAUCGCCGCUGUCGUGUAAACGAACCGGCGAAACGCAUAAAAAGUUUCCUGUUUUUGGCUGAAAACGUUGUCGUGUAAACGCCCCCUCAGUAGGAGCUUGGAACUGUGGAUGAAUCCGUUGUUGUCUUGAUCCAAAGGAUGUUGUUGAUGAAAGAAGACUUAGCAUUGGGCACUUCUCCUCCAUCAACUUUAAGGCCAGACUCACUGUGACUCCUCCUGGCCUCCUCUUUUUCCACUGUCCUUUCUGGUUUCAAAAUAGGGCUUGAGAACCCCCUUCCCAUCAACACUGCAGUCUCUCAAACCAUUGUCAGGCCUUUAAGUACCAUGUGUAUCUAUUAAUAAAUCAGAUAUAUUGAUAUGACUAUUACUUUAAUCUUUGCAUCAAAGCCAUGUGGACUCGUCAUAGUGCUUUUACUGCUAGGAGAGUACCAAAUAUCGGUACCUUAAAACUUUUGAGCGUGUGUGUUAGAUUAAUAAGAUAAGAAAGCCGAAACAUUGAAAGUGUCCUUAGAGUUGUAAGUCUGCUUGUUGAAACAAUGCGUGUUCAUGCGAGGCCAGCAACUUGCAUCACAGCCUGUACAUACUGAUGUUAAAUUAUGUAACCUGUUGCCCCAAAAGAAUAUCAAAGCCCUUAUUUGUGGAUCGUUGUCCCAUUUGGAGAUUCAUUUGGCUGUUUCUUUUCUGCUGUGACACAGUUUUUGUGUAAAUAUAGAUUAACGUGGAAUGAAAUGGAACAAUAUUUUGGAUUAUUUUUCUAUCACAGGUAAUUACCUCUGUAAUCAAGCAGCUUGCUUAUAAUUUAUCGUAAAGUAAAGAACAAUUUGCCAAACCAUAUAAAUCUCCAGUUUUUUUACUUUGAGGUGAUAUUUCCCCAUAUCGAAACCUCUAAAAUGCCAUGCAAGUUGUUAGCCCAUUCUGUGCUUUCUAAUUGUCUUUUUUUUCAUGUGAAAUUAUUCUGUUUUAACUCUUGACUAAACACUGGCCUCAGCUUGUGUAUGAUCUGUUUUGUGAGAAUUUGUUUGAUGAAAUUGCCAUGUCAUAAUUAUGUCUCUGCAAAAUCAUGUUAUUCUUAUUCCAAAGACAAAAAAUUACCAACAACCUGAAUCACGCUGAUACACAGUGUGUGAUCUGGGAAAGAGAAAAACAAAGAGUAGCAAAUUAUUCAUUGUAACUUUUAAGCAAAAACAGCCCUGAAUGGGAAGACAAAGAUCUAUUUUUUAUCCUUUUUCAGAAAGAGAAAAACAAGAUCAGUGCAUCGCAUAUUUUUAUAUGUACAAAAUGAGGUUUUAAAAUGAUUAAAGAGAGUUUUGAUCUGAUAUAUUAUGGAGAUACUGAUCGAGGCUGAUAUAUUUUUAAUUUAUUGAUCCUUUUAAAGGCCUUGUUUAAAAGUCAUUUUUAAGUGUUAGUUUGUACGUAAUUGGACAAAAUGGUUGCAGUUGGACAGUCAAAGCAGAGAUGUCUAAUAUUUGAUAAUAAAAAAAAAAUUAUAAUAAAAAUUGUAGCAUAUAAACUGGAAUUAACUACAGUAAUUCAAAAUAAGCACAUUGGUCUGUGUAAAUAUGUUUAAAUCAAAACACUGUAUUUCUUCAUAUUUGCCGUAACUAAUGUUAUUUUAAGGGAAAAACGAGUCUGCUUGAGCUAUGCAAAUCAAACAAAAGACUUCAUGUGCUUGCUUUAGAAGUACCCUCAUGCAAUAAAGUGAAUGUAUUUAAAACCUUUUUGUAAUUAAAACUCUUCAUUUAUUCAUA